ACCCUCUAGCAGCCUGUCGUUGCCUUCCUUAUCGUCAAUGUAGUGUUACCGCAUCUGAAGGGAGCGCUAGAUUAGCGCAGCCGCGCGGCAACGAGCUGACAAAGACACCGCAUUCUCCCUGCAAACGACAAAUCCCCACCGGCGACAAACCCGCUCACUGCCCAAAGCAACCUCAUCGCCCAGCCCAUUCCGGUUGAACUCUGCACACAUUCUCCGAUCAGCCUGUGAGCCCGUCUUCUUUGCCCGCCAGUAUCGCCCUGCAUUCUUUGGAGGACCGCGUGUCUUUUCAGCUGCUCACAGGAUUUUGAUCCUGCAGCAUGAAACUUCUGUGCUGACAGCUUGGAGUAGCCUUGUCUCGCUUUUUCUACAGUGAAUGUGAUAUACGCAUCAAUCACCCGCCGAACACACCCAUCGAAUCUCUGGGCGCUCCGUCAUGUUCUCUGCUUCCUGAUCCACGCCCUUGCUUUCUUUGUUGACUCUCGCUUAAUCCAUUUAAAAGUUAUACGGCGAAUUUCCUUACCCAGAGAUAUGUCGCCCAACGAUAUAGACUUGUGUGAAGUGGGAUUUCCUUGCGACAUUGACUCCAUUUGAUCCUUGCUCUCUCGAUGCUCUAUUAAGCUGCGUUAAUAUCUUGACAUUAUUUGUUGGUAUUGUCCGUUGGCCUAGCUAUUCGUUAGCUCAGCAUGAUGGCCUCCAACCGUUCUCAACAAGAACUGGAGCGCCCUUCCUUUGCAAAGGUUGCUGCAAUGCGCCUUCCGCCAACACAGCAAACCCACUCUGCGCAGAUUGAAACUGGCCCUGACAGCCGUACUCCGAUGAGGAUUGAUGAAGCCUCAAAUGACUCGAAGAGCGCCGCUCAUGAGUCGCCUCAGAAUCUAAACCAGAAGUCGCACGAUACCAUAGAGAAUUUAAAUAGGUCGGUGCAAGAUUUCCACAUAAACAUGCAGAAGGGCCAUGAAGUCAAUUCGGACACUGGAGACAGCCGUGAUGAUGGGGUGGCUAAGCCUGAGGGAGCCUUUGAAGACGACCAAACGCAUCUUUCAAAUUCUUCCACUAAACCAACGAGCUUUGACUCUAAGAGCAUGGCUUCUGUAACGACUUUUGCUAUGGAUGAAAAGGAAUCGUUGCGCCCAGAUGAUAGUGCUAGCGUCCAAGCCGCAGAAGAAGAUGACUCUUUCUCAGGACCCGCUUCUGGGGCCCCGAGCUCCCAAGUCGGCUCAGAGGCGGGUGGACGCUUGUAUCGGACAACUGACCAGGGAACUUUAUCCGAACGCAUUCCCAAUAGACCCCGAGUUAAUAACUCGUGCCUCCCGGGAAUCGUAUCUCCGAACGGCCAAAGUGAACUGAGCCUCCAUAGUUUCCCCGAUGAGCCAGAUGAGAAACUGCUUGAAGCGAUGAGUUCACCAAAGGAUCGGUUAUUGAUACUUCAACUUGAAGAGAAAAUCAUUGCAUUCAUCAAAGAUUCUAGUGAACAGUCUUUGGAAUUGCCUCCGUGCAACGCGUUUGGACGGCUGCUUGCACAUAAGCUCGGCGAUUAUUAUCAUCUAACUCACUUUGUUGAUAAUAAUGUGACAUCCGUUCGACUUCACCGAACCCCUUGGUGCAGAGUGCCAACCCCUUUAAGCAUGCUCCAACCUCCUAAUGCAAACAAAACUCCGCCUCCAAAUGCACCAGCGAUGAAAAUUAUGCGUCGGUCUGGUCAGCCAGGAGAAAGGGUGUCGGGUGCAGGAAGCACGGCACCUAGUUCUUCAGCCCCUUCAAAAGCUACAUCGGAAGCCGGUGCUGACGGCACUAAUGAGGAAGGAUUUGGAUCAUCGGCCGGAGCCACUCCGGCAAAGGAUCGGGCGACCCUGAGUCGAGAGGAGCGGGAAGCAAAAUAUCAGGAAGCUCGAGAGCGGAUAUUUAGGGAUUUUCCUGAGUCCAAGACUUCGGACCAUUCAAAUAGCGGGGAUCAAAGUGCAAACAUGUCACGGUCCAACUCCGGGAAUGGCAAACGAAAAGGACACAAGCAGAGAACGCCACGUGACGACAGUUUCGAGGCACGGUCCCAGUUCAAUGCAUAUUAUCCAGGGGCUCCAUACUCUAGCGCUCCGCUUCCAUACAGUGGCAUGAUGGCUGAAGGGUCGUUUGGUACUCCAGCCCAUUAUUACGUCUCGACUUCUUCACCACCGCCGGCUAAUUUCCCGCAUGGAAACCAUGUAAACGCGGUAUAUCAAGCCCAGGGCAACCUGACUUCUGCACCACCACAGUACCCUGUUGCUAUCCCGCCUCGUAUGAAUCAACCUAAUUGGCAGCCGGGGCAUUUGCAGCAAUCCCCUCCAUACUCCGGAUUUUCUCCGGUCAACCAGAUCCCGCCAAUGGUGCCUCAACAGCCUUCAACCAGAUCCUCGCCUGGAAUGAGUUCAUAUCCCUCCCAUCCCAACACAGUCCCGUUCCAGCAACAGAGCUCUUCAAACUGGAAUCAACCACAAUACCCAACCGCUUACUCUCCAUCGCCUACCCAGCGUAAUCCGUCUAAUACACACUGGCCAAACUACCCUCAACACUCAAUGAAUCCGAGUCAGGCGACUUACCCUUACGGUCAGAUUCCUAACCAGCCGCCGUUCGCACCAAGUCAUCAGAACAACUCAGGACAACAUCCUCUUCCCGGAAGUUUUUCCCGUCCACCCUUUAACCCUCAAACAAGAUCUUUCGUUCCUGGAAGCAGCCCUCAAACUCGAUUUCUAGGGAACCCACCUCAACAGCCAGGCAUAAAUCCAGCUGGCGUACACUCGCCUCAAUAUCCCACUCCGACACCGUGGGCAGGGGCCAACCAGGACCCCUCGAACCACCACCAUUCAAAUCAACCAAACCCUCAAACUAAUGCCAAAAUACUCGGACCUACUUCUUCCAUGAAUCAUUCGACACCUGGUCAUCAUGGGCCUUCUCCAAUGAUGACCCGCGACUCAAUAGCUAAAUGGGGUACUCCUGCCCAUCUGCCCCCUAAACCGCCCCCAUCGCAAGUGCCGUAUGAUUACGAUCUCAAAAAUAAGACCGCUCCAGCGAUAUCUCCACCUCAAUCAUUUCCAAGCACGCCACCCGCACCUCUCCCUAAGCAGAGCGGCCCUCUAGUUGUAUCGGGCGGAAUGGGACAUCAGAGAUCUCGGGGUAAUAUGGCCGCGGGUUUGUAAACAUCCCAUCUACAUAUAUCUCUUAAUACUAUUUUCUUGCCUACAUAAUUUGCGUGGCACGGCACGGCAUGGCAUCGGAUUGAAUGUGAUGGGGUAGGUGGACAUAUUUGGGGUGAACCGGAUUUCAUUGUAUCAUGUCGAGAUGAGAAUUGGGUGGUUUGGAGUUUGGGCGGGAGUGUGCUGUGGUUUCGUGGUGGUGAGAGGCGGUGUAUCUGGAUAGCUUCUGGCUAUUGAUGAGCUACAGAAGAAAGAAAAAAAAUGGGUGGGCAAGCACUUCCACGCGAGGCGUUGCGCUAAUUUGGCGCGAUCUGGGUCACUCUUACGCUUUUCUUCGAGGUGUUGUUUACCUCCCGGCUCUUCAGUCGGUAGCACCGCGUAGGUUGGAGCAGUCAAUUUGAGAUUAUUAGUGCUUCGAUUUCACACAAAAGUAGGGGAGGGUGAGAAAGCAGAAGGUGUUUGUCAUUGUUUAUUUCAGAGUCCCUCUGGCGCUGACUGAUGACAGCAAGGAAAACAAGCAAAGACAAAAUAUUAUAGACUCACUUUUUUCUCAUUCUCCCCCACCCUUUUCUUUUAAUAAUAUUCAGUUUAUAUAUUUUUUUUCUAAGAGUGGGUUCAAUGAAUGAGUUAUUCACAUUGAGUUUAAUUGCAAAUGAGAAAGUCUCUUCAUAUUAAAUGAGAUAUAGCAGUCAAUUGAGUUUUAUUUUAAACACCACCCUGAACCCGUGGACCCGUGUCAAGAUACUUACUGGAUCAAGCUAGAUUACCACCAAUGUUUCUAGAGUUCAAUUCAUGAUAAUGAACUAUAUACCAUGAACUGAGAGUUGUCGUAUAAUACAUGUAAGAGAGGGACCUGGAAGGUAUGCCAGAGGGACAGUUUGUCAAAGAGGAAAGAGAGUAUCAUGCUUCACUUUAUUUAGUCCUUUACACCACACUGUUCUUUGAACCAUCAAAAAUGAAUGUCAACAACCAGAUUGUCAUCAAGGUCAGAAUUGUUCACUUCAUGAAUCUGACUGGCUGGAAUAAAAGCAGAA